GGCGAGAGGAAAGGAAAGGGAAAGUUUCUCGGCCUGUUUUAAUUGCGUAAGUCAUCCGAUUGAUUGAAUUUCCAUUGCAGACGGAGCAACCCGACCCAUCCAAGUGAUGCAAGUCCCAAGAAACACGAAACCGGGAAAAAUACGGAAGAACGAGAACGGUGAAGUUCGGUUCCUGGAUGAUCGAGAUUGGGAAAGAGGUAGAUAUAACCCGACCAUAUUCCGAGGACGAUUCCAGUAAUCUUUCGCUGGUCAUCCAUCCGUGCAGGUCGCAGACCGACCUCCUCACCCUCAGCGAUGAAACUUUCGGAGGUGGUGUUGUUCUUGGGCUCCCUCUUGGGGGUGGCUCGAGCCGGUGUAAACUGGAACUGGUGUUAUGGCCAUCUUUGUGGCCCUGGACUCUAUCAUCUCAGCCUUGCGCCAUACGUGAUGCCACCAGGACAGUACCUUGACAACCCAGUCAUCCUUGCUCCACCACCCGUCUAUAGACGUUCAGGAGGAAGAAGUAGAAGUCCGAAGAUUCUUCUUCGACUCGGAGGCGGCGGUGGAGGAGGAGGAGGCAGCGAAAACGAGAACGUCAACGUCGACAUCGACGUCGAAGAAGGAAAAGGGGGAGAAGGGGGAGGAGGUGGAGGGGGAGCAGCAGGAGGAGGUGGAGGCGGCAUGGCGGGUAAAGGUGUGAAAGUCCUCGGAUCCAUUAAUGGUGUCCCGAUUAGUCAAAGUCCAGCGGCUGGGAUCCGCAUCAACGGAAUCGCACCGGGAGGCGCUGGUGUCCCAGUAGCGGCAGCCGCUGCAGCUGGAGGGGCUGCACCUUGA